AGUUAAGUGAGGGAACACUGUGCUCAUGUUUGUGGAGGCUAGGACUGAGACAUCCAUAUCUUGAAAUAUUCAGGCAGCUGUACUGCUCAGCUUUCAUUGUGAGACUGACCCAUUUCUAUCUGAGAAUAAAUAAUGGAGGGGAGAUUUGGAGACCAGCACCUUUGAGAGGUUCCACCUUCUGCACCUAUUUCAUAUCUGAACAUCUAAAGAAGAAAAAGAACUGUGUAGUAGAAGAUAAGCUCUGCGGCAGGGAUCAUGACCACAGCUAGGUACCGUCCCACCUGGGAUUUGGCCCUGGACCCGCUAGUGUCCUGUAAGCUGUGUCUGGGAGAGUUUCCCUUGGAGCAAAUGACCACCAUCACCCAGUGCCAAUGUGUCUUCUGCACUCUGUGCCUGAAGCAUUAUGUGGAACUUCUCAUCAAGGAGGGCUUUGAAACAGCCAUCAGCUGUCCGGACUCAGCCUGUCCAAAACGUGGACAUUUACAAGAAAAUGAGAUUGAAUGCAUGGUGGCCGCAGAGAUAAUGCAGAGGUACAGGAAGCUGCAGUUUGAGAAGGAAGUGUUGCUGGACCCGAACCGGACCUGGUGCCCGUCCUCCACGUGCCAGGCCGUGUGCAAGCUGAAGGAGUCUGACACGGCGCUUCCACAGUUGGUGCGGUGCAACGUUUGCACCCUUGAGUUCUGUUCUGUCUGCAAGGCCAGCUGGCACCCGGACCAAGACUGCCAAGAGAACGUUCCCAUCACCACAUUUCUACCUGGAGAGACCAGUUUGUUCUUUAAGGCUGACGAUGACGACGCCCCCAUCAAACGCUGUCCCAAAUGUAAAGUCUAUAUAGAAAGAGACGAGGGCUGUGCCCAGAUGAUGUGUAAGAACUGCAAGCAUGCUUUCUGCUGGUACUGCCUGGAGUCUCUGGACGACGACUUCCUCCUGAUCCAUUAUGACAAAGGACCCUGCCGGAACAAAUUAGGCCACUCCAGAGCCUCCAUGAUCUGGCACAGAACGCAGGUUGUAGGUAUCUUCGCCGGUUUCGGCCUCCUCUUACUGGUGGCUUCUCCGUUCCUGCUGCUAGCCACACCAUUCGUGCUCUGCUGUAAGUGCAAGUGCAGUAAAGGUGACGAUGACCCUUUACCCACCUAACAGCCCGGCGUGAGCAGUCCCUGUACCAGGAAUUCCGGUCAUCUCCUUUAAUUGUUUUUCUUUUCCUCCUCCGCCUUUGAGCUCUUCAUCAACCGGUGGGACUUGCGCAUUUCAAGCCGCAACAUGAGCCAUCUCACGCCACGGUUACUGUCACAGCUGACAGUAGGCUCCAUCCUGCCAGGGACUAAAGGAGACUGCAUAAGCCUGCUGCUUGCUAAGGUGGAGGAUUCGAGAGGUGGGGGUUCCCUCUGCAGUAACAAAAGGGAUGUUACUGAAGGAGCACAGCGCUGCUCCAUUCGGGCGCUUGUUUGUUUGGUGAAUGUUUCUCAUAUGUGGCUGUUCAGGAGGGUUCUGUUCUAAUAGAACAUAUAUUCAAUGUGUUUAUGUCUGUUUCUGUGUGCAUAGUAGCAUUUCAGUCACACAGCCUAUUCUUUAUUACUUGUUUUGCAUAGAUAAGGGGCUUUUUUGUCACUUUAAAUGCUCUAAAGUCAGUAGAUUUCAGUUUGGGGUCAAAUGUACUGCUAAAAUGCUACUUUAAAUGUUUAUUUACAGCUAAAUUUGGCCUUUAAACGUUUUUAAUAGCAUGUUUGUUUGUAUUUUCAUGUCAAGUUAUUGUCUUUCUGUCUGA